GCGUGUUCGUUGCGCGUAGCAACGCUCUAGUAAUUUUUAAACACAAAUCUGUAAACUAAAAUAAUAAUAACAUUGAUUUAGUUCAAUUUGUGAAAUAAUUAGUUACAUGUAAACUUGUUAUAUUUCGAUAGUGCACUGAAAUUGUUCAGACAAUCAUGAGGUGUCUCGGACUGCUUUUCUUCUUGGUGUGCGUGGUGACGUCGGCGCGUGCGUACCACGUGCUCUGCGUGUUCCCGAUACCUUCGCGCAGCCACAACUCCCUCGGCAAAGGGAUAGUCGACGCCUUGCUUGGAGCUGGACACGAGGUGACCUGGGUGACUCCGUAUCCUCCGAGCGAACUGGCCAAAGGUCUGAAGAUAGUCGACGUCAGCGCUACAGUAUCUAUAAGUAAAACGGUGGACAUGCAUGAGCAGAGAAACUCGAAUACUGGUGUAUCUUUCGUGAAGGCUUUGGCCGAGAACAUCACCAGGGUUUCCCUGGCAACGCCGGCUCUACAGCAGGCGAUCGUCCAGGGGAAAUACGACGCGGUCAUCACGGAAUCGUUCUUCAACGAUGCCGAAGCUGGUUACGGGGCAGUACUUCAAGUGCCCUGGAUCUUGAUGUCCAGCAUCGCAAUGAUGCCUCAGUUGGAAGCCAUCGUCGAUGAGGUGCGGUCGGUCACCACCAUACCGCUGCUGUUCAACAACGCCCCAACCCCCAUGGGUUUCUGGGACAGGCUGAAGAAUAUCUUCCUCCACAGCGCCAUGGUGAUAUCUGAUUGGCUAGACCGCCCCAAGACGGUGGCAUUCUACGAGUCCCUAUUCGCGCCGCUGGCCGCCGCCCGAGGGGUCGCGCUGCCCCCCUUCGAGGAAGCCCUGUACAACGUGUCGGUGCUGUUUGUGAACUCCCACCCGGCUUUCGCUCCGCCCCUGAGCUUGCCCCCGAACGUCGUCGAAAUCGCGGGCUACCAUAUCGACCCAAAAACACCCCCCUUGCCGAAGGACCUGCAGCACAUCCUGGACUCGUCGCCGCAGGGCGUGGUCUACUUCAGCAUGGGCUCGGUGCUCAAGUCGUCCAAACUCUCCGAACAAACUAGACGAGAGUUAUUGGAUGUGUUCGGGUCUAUACCGCAGACUGUCCUUUGGAAGUUCGAAGAGGAUCUCCAAGAUCUACCGAAGAACGUUCACAUUAGAUCGUGGAUGCCUCAGUCCAGUAUACUAGCUCAUCCGAACAUGAAGGUCUUCAUCACGCACGGCGGCUUACUCAGCAUCCUCGAGACCUUGCAUUACGGAGUACCGAUCCUCGCUGUGCCGGUGUUCGGGGACCAGCCUUCGAACGCCAAUAGCGCUGUCCGUAACGGAUUUGCGAAAAGUAUAGAGUACAAGCCUGAUAUGGCUAAGGACAUGAAGGUGGCCCUGAAUGAAAUGCUGAGCGACGACAGUUACUACAAACGUGCGAGAUAUCUGUCGAAGAUCUUCGGCGAUAAGUUGGUGCCGCCGGCCAAGCUGAUAUCGCAUUACGUGAAGGUCGCCAUUGAAACUAAUGGAGCCUACCAUCUGCGCUCUAAGAGCCUGCUGUAUCCGUGGUACCAGCGUUGGCUCGUGGACAUCAUAGCGGCGUUGCUGCUGGUGUGCUUCGCGGUGUACCUAGUGGCCAGGAGGGUCUUGUGUUACCUCUACACCUCCGUGACCAGUGGGGGCUGUAACAGGAGUGUUAAAGUCAAGAAAAACUAAUCUCUUAACUUAUCGCCUAUGUAUAUAAUUUUUGUUGAUAUAUAAAACAUGACAUAUAUUAGACAUUUCUAUUAAUAUUUCAACAAAUAGUACUGUUUUACUUGUUAAAUUUCAAUUUCAAAGUAUGUUUUCAUUAGGUAUUCUUUUUUUA